AUGGAAGAAGAUAAAACAAUGACGGAACUCGACGGUGUCGAAUCGCUGAAUGCGGUUGCCGAAGAAGAAAAGCAUGAGAUUUACGCAUCAACGAAGCGUCGCCACUCACUGACGAAGGAUGGGCUGAAGGCGUUGCGUGAGGCCACAGUAGAACAGAUAGCGGAGAGCGACAAAGAUGUGGCGCGAGCCAUUUCUCUUUUUUUUGGCAACCACGUGUAUGACGCGGAAGAAAUCUUUGCAAGGAAGGCAGGGGUGGAUCCUCUCUAUGCGCUGGGUGCGGCCUGCAUCUGCACAAUCAAGGCCAUGCUGUCAUUGACAAAGAGUGACAUGGAAACUGCUGUGGAGCGAAUUUCGUUUACAAUCACGUUUGCGGAGGAAAUUGUUCCUUCCGAGAAGAGCCUUUUUAGCAAAUUGGCGGAUGCCUUUCGGAGAAGUAGUAACAAAAGAAGGCUUCUGCCAGGUGAAUUCCGUGCCAAGGCUGUCCUCGCCGAUGCCUACUUUUUCCGUGGCUUUAUCCUGUUGCUGCAGCAGAAUUCCAUCAACGGUAUUCUGCGGGGUGGCAUGGCUCUUAACAGGAGCUACUGUUUAUUGAAUUCCCUGGCAAAUGAACUGGAUGAGCUGAAGGAAGAGAAGAAGGGAAGUUCCUACGAUGAAAUUGGGCUCGAUUGCAACAGCGUAUACAAUGCACUGUUGGGUUUUGGUUGUGUUAAUGUCGUUAUGUCUAUGCUGCCGCCGCGUAUUUUACGUGUUCUCAACUUUUUAGGUUUCAAACAUGAUCGAGAACUUGGGGUUGCCCGGGUGUCCCAGUGCUGGGAAAGCAAAACUCUUUUGGCCCCUCUUGCCGGUCUUUUUAUUGUGGCAUUCAACAGUUUUCCUCCCGGAUUUUGUUCACUCACUAAGCCGGUGUUAUUACCUGUGGCAAAAGCAACGGCAAGCGACGCAAUCAAGCGACCACCCACGGAAAACUCGGUGAUUCACCUGUGGCUUACUGGGCGCAUUAGUCGUAUUGAACUAAACAUGGAUGAAAGCAUUGCCAUCUUUUCCAGGUGCUUGGAAGUGGCCGAUAAGGGACAGAUUGCGAGGUCCAUGUCACAGUUGCGAGAUUUUGCUGUAUAUGAUCAGGCAUGGAACUUUGCCGUGUCAAUGCGAUGGGAGGAUGCCAUUAAAAACCACGCCUAUCUGGAGGAAAGUUCGGCUUGGUCAAAAAUCUUCUACGCGUACGCGCAAGCAUGCAGUUAUGAGAUGUUGCUGCACAGUACCCCAGAAGGAAAUGUGUCCGAAGCGCUCCAUUACAAAAAGAAGGCAACAGAAGCAUACUGGCGUGCCGCACACUACAACGUGACGGUAAUGGGCGGUAGAACCGUCGUGAUUGAGUCUUUUGUCGCACGCAGGUUGCAUGACAUAUUUCGCCAGGCCGGUGUGCCGUAUCCCAACCCGGGUAAUAAGAGCGCAACUGUCCGCCCGUUAACACCCCCGCCAAGAAACUUAGUGCUACAAAAUAUUGUGCAGUUACCCAUGCUGGAAUUAUUUGUUCUCUUUGAGCUCAUGCAUCAGCUGUCGCCCUCUCAUCUUGAGGCAUUUGUUACGAUCAUUGAUCGGGAGUUGGAAUCCAAAGCGCCGGCCUCUUUGCAAACGCCGAAAAGCGAUGCGGUGAGUGUGGACCACAUUCAACCCUCCACCAAAAACAGCGGAUCUCUGGAGAAACAGCAGGGCGUUGUGCUGACGACUAUCAAAGCGAUUGUUCUUUCCCACAUCCCCGGCAAGGAGGAAUUUGCCCUCAAUCUCAUUCAGCAGAGCAAAAAAGUGGCCUGCGAGUACAAGGGGCGGAGCUGCACGGUGGCGUGGAUGCACUGUUGGUUGCUUUACGAGGAGGCCACUAUGGCGUUUAACAGUGGCGAUACAAAAAAAAGCGUAGAGCUUCUGAGCCGAGCUGAAGACGUGAACGACGAUCAUAUAUUUCGUACUGCCAUAGAAACGAAGUUGCACUUCGCCAGGUGGGUCGUGCGGGACACAACACACAAGAAAAAGAAAUAG